UGAGACAGACUGAAACAUCAGCACAACAAAAGAAGAUGGAGCAAACCGAAGUCAUCAAACCAGAAACUUUGGAUGAUUUGAUAAAAACUCUCCACAAGAUUUUUGAAAGUGACUGCAUUAAUGUGGAGGAGGUGCAGAGCAUCAUGGAAGCCUAUGAAAGUAACCCACACGAAUGGAUGAAAUUCGCCAAAUUUGACCAGUACAGGUACACCCGGAAUCUUGUUGAUGAGGGAAAUGACAAAUUCAACCUCAUGAUUUUAUGUUGGGGUGAAGGACAUGGCAGCAGCAUCCACGACCACACAGACUCCCACUGUUUCCUGAAACUUCUUCAGGGACAACUGAAAGAAACUUUAUUUGAGUGGCCUGAUCAAAAACUGCAGGGCGGUAUGGUCCAGAAAACUCAGCAGAUCUUGCUGGAAAACCAGUGUGCAUACAUUAAUGACUCCAUCGGUCUUCAUCGGGUGGAAAACGUCAGUCACACGGAAUGUGCAGUUAGUUUACAUCUGUACAGCCCCCCCUUUCAGACGUGCCAGACGUUCGACCAGAGAACAGGACACAAAAACAGCGUCAAAAUGACUUUCUGGAGUAAAUUCGGAGAGAGGACACCAUAUGAAACGACCAUUUCACAAGAAAACAACUGAGACGACGUUCCACCGAGCUCACAGGCGACAUUGACUUUUUUAUAGCAAAAAAUUGAAGCGGCUGCAGCAUUUAAACCAUGAUUCAACACUUUAAGAGAUUUGCAGAGGAUGAUGGGAAAAGAGUGGUAUUGGUAAUGAGAGAUGUUUAAUCGUGGCCUAGAUUCACAUUUCCAAACGCUGCUGAAGUAUGAAUAGCUGCAUUAGUGAAGCCGUGAAUCUCUUCUUUGUCCGUGGCUUUCAUUCCUGUGUGUAUGUGACCUGCCAGUAAUUCCUCUAUUGUACUGUUACGGAUGAGAGCUGUUUGAUCGAAGUGUGUCAUUUAUGAGAAGAAACCGUUAGUCUUUUAUUCGAGCCAAAUGGAAAUAAUACCAUCAGUGUAAUGCAGCACUUUCUACUGAUUUCUGUUUCAAGUGUGUUCAGAUGUCCACCUGAUGAACAUUCAGUUAUAAUCAUGAAUCCUGGUGCCAGUAAUUGACAGAAAAGCAUACAAAUUGGGCCUUGUUGUCUUUUAUUUAGAAUCAAAUUGAUUCUUAGAUGGAAAGUUAUUUUUUAUUAAUGCUGACGUAAAUCAAGUGCUUAACCUGCAUGAGUAUUUCAAAUAUUUGACCGAUUUUUGUGUAUUGUCAUCGUCACAAAUCUUGCCUGCUAGAAGUAUAAUUUCUGUAAAAUAGCUCUUUUUGACUAAUGCAUUAAUAAAGUGUGUUAAUAAUUUUG